AUGUUGAAAACAAAGAAAAAAACACACAACACUAACAUAGCAAAUAUGAAAACAGUUAUAGGCACCCAAACUGAUAAACAAACAAAUUUGAAAGCGAUGAAACCUUCGCCAAAAAGAAAAGUUUUUUACGUUGGUCGAUUGGACCAACAAUGCACUGCAAAAGAGUUAAGCGAACACAUAAAUGAAUUGAAAAUUGAGACAAGCGCUGAAUUCAGAGUUUGUAUUUAUGAAACAGACUCAGCUGAGUUCAUGAAUGCAGAAAACUGGCCAGACCAAAUCAUCGUCCGCGAAUGGUGUUUCAAUGAUCUGUCGGCAAAUGUUGUCAAUGACCUAAAAAGCAAACGAGGCGGAGGUGUUGGUGUGUUCAUAAAGCAUGACAUCAAAUAUGUUGUAAAUGAUAACAGUGCAUUUGAUGAUGAAAAUGUCGACGUUCUCUGUGUGGACAUUGAAUCGGGGCAUGCUUCAUCUAGGGGUGUGCUAAAAGUUAUCGCGAUAUACCGCCCACCCAAUUAUAAAUUUGAGCCUUUUUUAAAUAAAAUCAAUUUGAUUUUACACGCCAUCAAACCCGCCGACAAAACUGUUAUAGUGGGCGACUUUAAUGUUAAUUUAUUGGACAAUGAUUCAAAUGAUUCUAAAGACUUCCAAAAUUUACUAUUUUCAUUUUGUUUAGAAAUUACUUUACAUCAGUAA